UAAUAUGUAAUCUCCUAUAGUGAAAUCGGCUCUAACCUGUCCGUGGACCAGCUAACACAUAUUGUGUAAGUGAACCAUAUAAAUUUUCGCCUGGUUUUUUCGAUUAUCUAAUUUCUUGACAACGAAAAUUCAGGGCAUGCAUGCAUGCAUCUGUCACUAGCAAGCUGUCUAGUCUAGCUAGCUCCAUCCUUGAUACACAAGCUGCAGCUCGCUCUGAUGAUUUCAUUUCCUGGACCAGAAUUGUAUUUUGUCAUUUGUGUAUACGGUUUGCUUUAGUUAGAUCCACCAAAACAAACAAAUAAUAACGUAAUAGCUAAGGCAGAAAACGGGAAAAAAGAGGACGAAAGCACAAUUAUCGUUACAAAUAUAUUUUCUGGUUCCAAACGACCUAACACACGUUUACAACAGGGAAAUACGCCUUUCCAUCAAUUUUGCGGCUGAAUAUGUACAAAAUCUAAAUAUACAAAGGCAUCGAUGCCAACUCCUUGCUGGGCCUGUAUUAGAUAUUCUCCAUGAUUUCCUUCUACCUUCACGAUUUCCUCGCUCUCAUGACAACCAUAUUUCCUCUAUUUUGUUCUUUAUAAUUGGUAUCGAAAUCAAUGGCGCAGCUAGCAAUUUCACUUAGUUAUGUUUUAGAUUAAAAAUAGCAACACAAAGAUUUUGAUGUUGUGCCAUGGAUGUGAUUUCAUAUUUUUCGAAAAGUAUCUAAAUUACAAUAACCAUUCAAAUUAUCAAGGAUGUCACUCUCUAUAUUCCACCACUCGUCUUAUGCAUGAAUGUGUUCGUGAUCACAAAUUUCAAUGCAGAACAUGUUCUUUUCAGCACUUGCAGCGGCAUGUAGGAACAAUGACAAUUUCAUAAGUUGAUACAGUAAUGAAAAUAUUCGAUAUUUUUUCACACGGUCUUUUUUCUAAUAAAUUCAAAAAUUACCUUUAAUCCUGCAAACUUCUCAAUUGUCCUCACAUUGAAUAUGAACAUGGGGAUGAAGGUCAAGAUGUAAGAUUAGAACUUGUAGAGAACUUAUUAGGAUAAAAUGUAGCAAGUUUUAACAAUAUUUUCUUUGCCAAAAUUAACAAAUGAAUCUUCUGGGUUUAAACAUGUCAAGUAACAUAGCAAUUUUGUAUUGACAUCAUUGAAGAGGCCACUAAGCAAUCUUGUAACUACAUAUUCAAAACUAUUAUACAUAAAACAUGUAUUGUCAUAUAGCUUAGUGGUGGAAAUGAUGGUAUUUUACAGGGAGGUCCUUAUUUGAAUCUCGCUCCCAAAUAAAGACGUCCGAGACCUACCUGAAUUACAAGUGCCUCGCCACUAAUCGAAAACAUAUAUGUAUUUUAUACGUUUAAAAUUUGUAAAUGAUCAUUCGUAAAAUCCCAUAAAUAUGAUUAUUGAACCGUCCUUUUUCUUCCUGUUAGAGUGAUUUGAUAUAAAUAUGAUACGCACUGAUGAAGCUACACGUCAAUGCAUGCAUGCAUGCUUUAUUGGCUUGAACUUCAAGUACACGAAAUUAGGGUUUCUUAUAUAUAGCAUAUCUGAUGAUCAUCAAUCCCCUCCAACCUUUCCAGUUACGUAAACUACAUGGUCGCCAAACUAAAUUUGUAAACCUCAAAUUUUGGACGCACUGAAAGACAGGUGUCGGGAUAAACUGGUGCCACCUCAACUCCAUCAUUAUCUAUGUGUCAAAUCCGUAAGUUUUUUGCCCCAAGAAUUUACAAUUCAGUGCAAGUUUGAACAACCUCGUUCGAUAAUCAGAUGACGAGCAAAUACAUAUCCGAAAUGAUUCUUGACAAUUACAUCUUUCUGUUUAAAGGGCUCUUAAUCAAUAUAACUGAAAAUACAGCAUCGUAUAGCCAUUCAUAAGUAAACAAAAUCGGGAAAGGUGAGACUAGGAUAAGAAAAAGAUAUACGAUACUAUUUUUUUGUUUGUUUGUUUGUCAUUUUCUAAUAAUUCGAGAUAUGAAUGAAUAAAUAACAUUUUGAACCCAUUUAUACGAUGAAUAUCGCGUGUUACAAGGCACGUAGUUGAUGAUGACAAGAGUUAUGAAUUGAUAUAUCCCGCGCUUGUCUUGCUCAUGUGUACUACAAUUGGUGGAUUGAUUUGUAUCGAACCGCUUUUAAUUAAGUACAUAAUCACAAAUAUUUUAGCUGUGUGGAUUGCAGAUUAAAAUAAAAUAGAUCGGAGGGAAUAAUAUUAUGUCAUUAAACCAGCCAUUUGAUUCUGAAAACUCGAGUGUUUUGAACGAUCUUUAAUUAUGAAACUUAAUUAACACACUUCUCAAACCAAAGUCUACUCCCGACGACUCAUAUAUGGGCUUGAAAUUUUGCUUAUGUCCAAAUAUCAUGUGGUUAACGGUGGUCACGAAAAUUCGAACAGAAAUAAGAAAACCCCUCGAUCAGAUACUAUUUUAUUAAGCCGUUAAUUUCAAUAACUCGAAUUGUUGGGAGAGAACUCAUUAUAAAUAACAUAGUACAUGUAAAUCAACCAAAGUGUUACUCCGAAGUUCUGCAAAACCAUACGACAGCAAAGUGCCAAACUUGUAAGUUGGCGCACAUAACUACAUUGUAAUAAUAUAUCAAAUCAAAUAUGUAAAGACAAAUAGAGAGUUACGUUGAUGCAUAAGAAACAAACGAAAUCAUUACCCUUUACAAAAGUGGCCUGCAAAUCCGCUGUAAAGCUUGCAAAUGAAUUCUAGAGGGAGAAAUUUUAAGUUUGUGUAAACCUCCUUCUCUCCUCAAUAGUUAUCGCCAAUUGCAACAAACAAUAUAACAACAGAAAAAGAUAGCAAUCAACUCGUAAACCUCAAUACUCUUAAUUUGCAUGCAUCAUAUAUAUAUAUACAUAAUCCCUUCAUACUAUUUCACAUAUCAACAAUGUCAUAAAUCUUUUGGUCUAACAAAUCCCCAUUGAUAUUCCCUACUAGCUACAAAAAAAUCAAAAUGUGGGCUAAGUUCAGAGCUUCCAAGAUCAAGAAAGAUCAUAAAGUUUACUCAAAAUCAUCAGUUCGCGACAGAGGGCUGAAUCUCAGCGAGGAAUACCACAGAACGCUACGAACGCAAUCCUACGUUGCGUUCUUCAGCAAAGCUCAAAUCAUGGCCAACCAUCAUCACGAUCGAACCCCUGAAGAAGAAAAAGAAGAUCCCAUCCUCCUCCUCCUCCUCGAGCCAGAGCAAAACUCCAUCCCUGCAAUCCUCGAAUCGGCCGCGGUCCUCUCGAAGCUCCCGGAACUCACCCCUUACUUCCGCGACUUCUUCGACUCCACCGCCGAGGCCUCGCGAAUCUGCAGCGGGCUGCUCGCCAGCGUAGCGCGAACUCACGCCACACGCCGGUUCGCCCACCAGCUGUUCGACGAAAUUCCCCUGAGACCGGCGGAAACAGAGUCCCGCCGCGUCUGGGAGCUCACCGCGUACAUCGCGGAAGCGAACAAUCCGUUCUCUUGCCCCGACGGCGAUCUCGAUUUCGGGAGCAUCCGCGAGGGCUACGCCGCCGUACUGGAGAGGUUGAAAUCGAAGCGGAGGAAGGUGGCGAGGAAGAUCAAGUUGGUGGAGUGUGUGAACAGAGGUACGGGGAUUUCGAUCACGGCGGCUUGCGGCGUGCUGGCGGUGACGGCGGCGGUUCUGGCGGCGCAUACGCUCACUGCGUUUGUGAUGGGACCGCUGGCGGUGGCGGGCGGGUUUAAUCCGGUGAAGAAGUUGGUCAGCAGAGUUAUGAGGUUUAAGGUAAUGACGAGCGCCGAAUUCUUGAGAAAGCUGCGACGACAACUGGACAUGGCCGCAAAAGGAGUCUACAUACUGAACCGUGAUAUGGACACAGUGAGCCGGCUGGUGGCCAGGCUUUACGACGAAGUGGAGCAUGGAAAGGAGAUGGCGAGGUUCUGGUUGGAGAAGGGCAAGAACCCUAGCGAUCGGACUUUGUUCUGUUCGCAAGUGGUGAACGAGAUGAAGAGGAGGGAUGUCAAGUUCAGGAAACAGGUUGAUGAACUGGAAGAGCUCAUGUGUCUGUGCCUUCUCACCAUUAACAGAGCUCGAGGCUUGGUUGUCGAGGAGCUUACGAGAUCUGGAAGCUCUACUACGUAGAAAAAGUUUGUAAAAAAUUUGUAUGUAUUUGCAUGCCCUAUAUAUCUUGAUUGAGUUUGUAAUUGUUAAUUGUCAAUAGCGGGAUGGAAUGUGUUUUCAUGUUUGGGGUUUUUUUUUUUCCUGAUGGAUCUUAUACCACUCUCUAACAUGCCCCCUUAAACGAAAGCCAACCCAUGGAUUUGAAGUUUGCACAUGCCCACCAUACCUUGUGCUUUAAUCAACUGUUAAUAUUGGGGGUCGUGGAGAUUCGAACACACGACCAUUUGGCCAAACCAGCUCUGAUACCAUGUCAAGAACCAGUUGCUCCCAAUAACUCGAGUUGUUGGGAGAAGGUUCUGCUGGAUCUUAUAUCACUCUCUAACAAAAUCAUUCGAUUUGGAUUCAUGGAUUGUUGACGGAUUUACAAGUUCAUUAUCUAUGUUUUUAUAUUUUAGAAUUUGGUACCCUACAAUUUUUGACGGAAAAAUAGCAUUGAAAAUUGCGUUUUGAUAACUGAAAUUAUUUAUUAUGACAAUUUAGUACAUAAAAUUUUCAAAAUUUACAUAUUGGUCUAAUAUUUAUGAAUCCACUAAUCCAUUUUCCAUCUCUACUUCUAUUUGAUGUUUUUUUCUUGUUGGCUCCUUAAUUAGUAAUUAUAUUAGACUUAUCUCAUCAGUCAAUUUGAAAACCUUUUCUAAGGAAUCCAUAUGACACUAAUAUUGCACCAUACAAUAUGGACUAUUAUCGAUAAGUGUAGGCGAAGAGGGUAUUCCCCUUACUCUGUCCAUUUUCGACCCAUUUUAUCUAAAUUGUUAUAUAUACUUUAAUUGGAAAUAUUCAUGAUUUGCACUUUAUUAAAUCAUUUGUUAGCUAUAAUACAAUUGUAAAUAUGUGUGAACAUCCAUUCAUUGAAUACUUUAACUAUAUUCAUCAUGGCAUAAUAUGUUUCUAGUGGCGGAGCCACUUGAGGCGAAGAUAGGUAAUUCAUGCCACCUUGGUAAAUACCAACUGUCCCCAUUAUCGUAAAUAAAUUUAUGAAAAAUAAUACUUUGUGAUCUCUAUUUAACUUUUAAUUCGUAUAUUUUGUAACUGAGUUUAAUAUAAACAAAACUCAAAACAUAGAGGCGUUUGUUGCUAUCAGUUGUCAUUACAACCAUUGAAAGAGCACUUAGUGUAAUGAGCAAAGUAAGGAAACACUUCAGAAUAAAAUGAGUAAUGAAAUCAUGAAUAACUUUUCGGUGAGAUAUCUUAACAUCUCUCGUAAUUUACAUAAUAAAUGUACUUUACAAAAAAUUUCACAAUAUGAAAAAAAUAUCAUGAAACUUACGUUAUGGAUCUACCUUAGAUGAAUUUUGAACUACGUCCUUAGUUUUUUCUCGAAUGUUUAGUAAAAAAUUAAGGUUUCUAGUAUUUUUCCUUUAAAUACCAACCCAUAUGAAUCAACCUAUUUCUAACUGCAUUUCAAAAUAAAAUACCCAAUUUAGAUUCCAAAAUAAAUUUAUAAGUCGACGCACACUCUCUAUUCAAUCCGAACUAAGCCAAGCAUAGCUUGGCUAGGGUUGUAGUAAAGUGAUUCAGUCGUAUUCCAAGGGAACUCUAAGCUUACUAUUACUUCGCUCUGAACUAUUAUCUAAUCGAAUCAAAGGUUUCGGUGAAGAAUCUAAUCUAACCUACUUCUAAAGGUGAAACAAACAACCAAACAAGUGGUUGGGAGACCGCUAGAAAUGAGAUGGUUUCCUAGAAUUGAAUUCUCCUAGCUAUAGUCGGUAAGUUGAGUUUAACAAAUAUGAUGUGGAACUCUAUGAUUUGGGGAUUUUUCCAACAGGAUUUCUCCCUCCUCCUAGCGUUACCCACAAAGACCCAAUGUCACCUCGAUCUAAGCUUCAUCACUAGGGAUGCUCUCAUAGUUCCUUUAAAAUGGUUAUCUAUCACACACUACUGGGAGUCAGAUCUGUGCUCUUGUGAACCUCCCAAAGUAUUGUUCUAGGAAGGCACUAUAGAGGCAGGAGUUUGGUCGCCUCAUCCACCUCAAAGCCCUAAGAUAACUCACUAUCCUUAGUGUGCUAGAUGGCGCACACCCGUCUAACCCUAAAACUCCAUACCUAACGUAGAAGGUCAAGUAGGCUAGUGGAGAAUAUUAGAGUGACUUACCCAAGCAUAACUAAACACACAUGAAGCAUAAUUGACUAGAACCACAUACCCAUAAAUAAACUCAUUCAAAUACCAACUACAAUCUAGGCUUCAUCCAUUCUUAAUAACCGUUAGAGAUUCAAGUCAUAGAGAGAGAAAGAAAAAUACAAACUAGAAGAGAGGAAUGAUGGAAUCAAACUUCUUCUCCUUGCUUGAACCUUCUUCUUGCUCCUUGGGUGGAUUGGAUCUUCAAUGAAGCUCUCUCAAGGUGUUUUCCUCUCUAAAACACUCCAAAAUCCUAACUUUCUCACUCCAGAUCGGUUCUCCUUUGUCAAGUGCAGAAAAGAGAUUAUUCUAGGUUGCUGGUAUACAGUGGUCACGACUUCGAGUGUAACAUCUCAUUUCGGCUAAAACCCAUAUUUCGAUCGUUAGAAAGUUCGCGAUUUAAAAUCGAGCAUUUCGACACUAUUUCGGCGAAAAUCGAAUUAUCGAUCGAUCGGAUAAGUAUACGUAUUAAUUUUUAUAUAUAUAUAUCCUGUCCAUUUAAUUUCCCCACCACCACCGUUCAUUUUCCAUUUCUUCCUUCUUCUUCCAUUUCCGAGAGAAACGAGAGAAACAGAGCACGCGCGGAGCUCUCGACCCAAAAUUCCAAAGCUCAAAAUCUUGAGCCCUAGUGAUCCAAAAAUCCCGUAAGUAAUGCCUAAUUCAUCUAUACAUCGUGUUUUAUCGAUUUAGAGCUUUAAAACGAGUUUUUGGUUCAGGAAUUUCUUGAAUUCCCGAUCAGCCAAAUUAGGGUUUCGGAGUAUCCGGAAGCCGGAUUGAGCCCAAAUUUCAUAUACGAGCUUCCUGCAGCGAGGUAAUCAAUCCUCUAGUUCUAAUCCCUGAAUUUCGGCUAUUAUUUAGGCCGGGGUCCAAACCGCUGAAUUUAGCUCCGGCCAGGGUUUGAUGUGUUUUUAUCGAGAAUUUGGCCUGGAGCCCAGAACUAAUAUUGACGGGGAUACUGCAGGGGAUAUUAGGACGGUCUCGGAUUUUAAUUCGGGGUUCGUUCGUGAAAUUGAUGUUUUAGUACGGGAGGCUAGAACCGGUGUUUGAACGACCAGAACUGGUGAGGGAUUAGCACGGCAUACCGGGUUUGUCGUAUCACGAUAAUUAUAUUGAUGCUUAGAAUUGACCUAGGUGAACUAGAAUGGCAUGAUUAGGAGUGUAUGGAAUUUUGUGCUAUAUGAUGAACCCUGGACUGCUGUAUGAUAUUAUUGACUUGCCCUAAUGGAUAUGAACCUUGUUUAUGUGGAUGAUUGCAUACAUGUUGCCAUUUGUGGCUUAACUGUUGAUAUGACUUUAUGGUUGUUCGAUAAGGGGUUUUGACAUGGUGUGAUAUUAUGGUUAUAUUUGGAUCCAUAAGUGGGGGAAUAAACUUCCCAAGGUGAUAUUAUGAUGUUUUAAGGAGGAUGACUUGCACGAGGGUUUAUCCCGAGGAAGUGCAAUUAUACGACUCCUGAUUUACCUAUGUUGAGCCAAUUGUGGCCUGGUCAAGUACAUGUGCAAGUAACGAAUUAUGAUUAAGCAAGAUGAGAUAUGAAUCAUGUAUAAGGAUACCAAAUAUGAGUGUUGUGGUCUCACGGUCAACUACAUAGUAAUUAGGGCUCCCUAUGCUAUUACUCUAUUAUGAUAUGUAUGAUAGUCACACCUCUCAUGUGGUGGUGACUGAAGAAUUCUUACGAGAUAUGACCACACCCAGAGCGGUGUCGGGGUAUGACUACACCCAUAGUGGUGUGGGGUAUGUAUGACCACAUCCGACGGGAUGUUGGGGUAUGUAUGACUACAUCCGACGGGAUGUGGGGUAUGUUUCCCGGGAGAGUUAUUAGCAUGGGAGUAGCCAGGCGCCUAUGAUUAAAACAUGAUAAGAUGCAUAUGCAUAAGUCAAAGUGGUUGAGUCUUUUGCUUAUUGGGAUAUGAUGAUGGCUGAGGUCCGAUCCUAGUGUUUUGGCUUGUCUGCUAGAUGUAUAGUAGGGGUAUGCUCUGUUAUGAACUCACUAUGCGAUGAUUAUCUCACUCAGCUAUGAGCUGACCCUCUUUUAUUCUUCUUCUCUGCUUAUGCUAUGUGUAAGCAGAUCAUCAGCAGCAGCAGUAGAUAAGUGUUAGGUGGGAGAGGAGCUAGAGUUGAAGCCAGGAUGAGGUAUGGUCUUCAACUAUUCUGUGCUUGGACUACUACUUGGGAUUUUGGCCAGUGAUCCACACCUUUCUGUAAAAAAUGUUUUGAGAACAUUUUCAUGUGCAUACUAGCUUCGAAUGUAGUGUGAGAUAUCCACAGGUGUGGAAAGUUAAUGAUAUGUGUAUAUGUUGUGUAACUGUGUAAGUUGUGACGAUUAUGGUAUGUAUAAGUAUGGUAUGCAGUUAGGAAGUAUGAAAAGUGUGACUAUGGCUAAGAAAAGCCAAUGCAUAUGGUUGUGAGUAUAUAUGUUUGUGAUGAAUUAUUUUGCAGGUUAAGUUGCAAGAACUGUUAGCCCAUUACGCGAGUUAUUCAUGUCGAAAUUUUAUUUAGGUAAAUUUUGAUAAUUAAUGUAACGCCCGAGAUUAAUUCCGCUGCAAUUGUAUAAACAAUAUGAUUAGGCAAAACGUAUAGGGUAGGGUGUUACAUCGAGGGCGUGACUCGAUGGUCAUGGUCGUGACCAGUGGAACGCUGCUGACUCGCCCGAAACAUCGCAUUUUGACACCGUCUUUAAGCUCCGAGAUCACGACCUCCUUCAUAAGAUUGCAGCAGUGAUCUUUGUGUCACGGGCGUGAUUUUUUUUUUGUUUUUUUUUUUUGCGGUCAACCGCACCAUAUCCGUGAUUGGGGUGUCAAAAAUUUCUACCUUCUUCUUGGUCGCCUGCUGAGGUUCGCGACCACUGUUCACGACCGUGUACCUGGUCACGGCCUGGUCACAGCCGUGAUGUGUGGCCGUGACCUGUGCCUUUUCUCCCCUUCUUGCUCAUACGCUUUCCAAUCAUGCUCGGAUGAACUCCAAUCGAUUCUUGAUCAAUUCCAGAUGAAUAUAAGACCUGGAAUUUCAUCACAAGCUCUUGAAAGAGCAUAAAAUACGACAAAGUGGGGUCCCUAUGCAAACCUUCAUAUAAAGAAUACUAUGCCAAAAUGCAUGUUUUACAAAUAGGAACGAAAAUAGGCAUGAAUAUCUUGAUAUGUGGCUUAGACACGAUGAUUUAACAUGCAAAUGCCUUAAGAAUAAGGGCUAAAUAACACAUAUUUUCGAUGUUAUCAAUAACCUGCCACAUCAUAAUUUGUGAAAGACUUCUAACAUUUUCCCCUAUAAAUUUUAACGAACUAUUAACUUUUUUGUUUUAAAUCAUUUUUUUUUGCACAGUUAAAUCAGAUUAAUUUUGCGCAUCAAAAUUAUAUUCACUUUGAUAUAUUUUCGGAAUAAAAAUUUGAGACAUUUAGUACUAGUCUAAACCAUGGUGGUAUUGUUUGGUAUUACAUAAGAGCAUACCACGUGGUAUGAGAGUGUAUGAUGAUGGUAUGAACAGACUAGACUGUAGAAUUGCUGAAUAUAUGAUAGUAGGAAUAUACUAACUGUUAUUUACAACUUUCAACAUUGUGUACUACAAGAUACCCCCUAUACCAGGGUGGUAUGUGGUGAUAUUUUUUGGCCCUGUACUUUCCCCCAUAAAAUUGUGGAUCCAAUAGAUCAUGAUCAACACAUUACUUUUGUGCAAAAUUUUCAAAAUUGACUUAAAAAUGAAGGUGAUACCAUAAAGUAUGGAGGCGGUAAAAAGUGGUAUGAAAUUUUCCCCACGAAAUAUAUUAAAAAUGGAUCUCAUUUUUCCGGUCACAACUCGUUUCAUCUGUGCAAAUUUUUUUAAAAUCCAAAUUAGAAUGAAAAAAAUAAAAGAGAUGAAGAAAACUAGGAAAAAUAAAUUUUUUUUAAUUCU